CGCGGAUUUGUUGUGGUGUCGCUGUGAUAGCUGUGUGUUUAGCGACAAUAACGGCUCGUUUCAGCGUUUUAAGACUUUAAAAUCCACCCGAAAUGAGUCUGACAGUAAGAACUGAACUUGCGUCAGACAAAAACAAGCGCAAGAAGAGGAGAGAGCUCACCGAGGACCAGAAACAUGAAAUCAAAGAAGCUUUCGAGCUGUUCGACACAGACAAAGAUAAAGAAAUUGACUAUCACGAGCUGAAGGUGGCCAUGCGUGCACUCGGCUUUGAGGUGAAGAAGGUGGAUGUUUUGAAGAUUCUUAAAGAUUAUGACAGAGAGGGUAACGGCAAAAUAACAUUUGAGGAUUUCAAUGAAGUUGUGACCGAUCGCAUCCUGGAGCGAGACCCAAAGGAGGAGAUCAUGAAGGCCUUCAAGCUGUUUGAUGAUGACGAGUCAGGGAAGAUCAGUCUGAGGAACCUGAGACGAGUCGCUCGGGAACUCGGGGAGAACAUCAGCGACGAGGAGCUGCGCAGCAUGAUCGACGAGUUCGACGCCGACGGAGACGGUGAAAUAAAUCAGGAGGAGUUCCUCUCCAUCAUGACCGGAGACUCCUGAUGAGGAGUUUAAUCCAAGCUGAGGACUUUUGUGUAGGAUCAGUCGUCCACGUCGUGAGAAGCUGAGUGACUGAACAUCUGUCGGCGUGAGCAUGAAGGUAAACAAGUGUCAGCCUCCUCUGGAGGGUCUGACGUGGACUGGAGUCACUCACUGGCCUUGUGGUUUAUACUUGAUUUGUUACAUUAAAGGAGCGGACUGUCUGCCUCUUUGCUCGAGUCAGUCUCUCCUGAAGAUGUAAAUUGUUGUCAAAGAUGUUGAUAUCAUGACGCCAUCCUUUUAUUCUAACUUACUCUGAGUGUUGUCGACUUUUACACGAUGCUGUCUUAAUAAAAACAUGCACAUUAACCUCAAAAGUAAAUUUGAUGUUAGUUAAUUGAUUUAUAUUUGGAGGAGACAAAUGGAGACAUUUUAUGUUUCUUCCUGAAGUCGUUAUGUAACACAGUUCAUACUUUAGAGGACCAUUUUUGACUGGUUGUAUUUACAGUUUCCACAACGUGAGUGUUUGUAUGUGCUAUUUAUUUUGUAUCUUAACAAUAAAUCUGUUUGCCAAUAAAA